AUGCGACACAAAGCUGCGCUGUUGGACGACAUCUUGGUGAAAUACCAAGCGGCUUGGCAAGAAAAGAGAAUAGUUAGACCAACCGGACUAUUCGCAUUCAUGUGGAUGAAGAAUCAAGACUUGACGAUACCCACGGUGGAUCUUAACUUCACAGCCUGGGCGGGAGCGUUUAUGAACACGUGGAACUCGGGAUUGGUUCACUCUAUGGUCGGUCAACAGAUCUCCGGAUUCAUCACCAACAUCAAUGGCGAAAUCCGUCUCCAGACAGCAUCCGUUGCCAAUAACAUCCGUCGCCUGGCGGCCGAGAAGCCUGAUGAGCAUCAUGCAAAUUCCGCCAAAACUCUGGCCUCGGCUAUAGCUCACGUUGAAGAACACGGCCCGAACACCGGUAUGAUGCUCGAGAAAGGGCCUACACUAGGCUAUGCUCUACAGCUUCUCAGUGAGGUGGAUCGCAAGGAUCUACUUUCAGGCCUGCUCAACUAUGCGGAUAGUCGCUUGCAACCUACUUGGGAGGAUGGUGGCCUCUUCUACCCUCGCAAUGACGAACUCAGAAGCGCUGAUUGGGAUCGGACAUAUGUUGAUCCUUACACUGGUAACAGCGCCAUAGCAUACUCUCGUCUCGAUAUAGCCGGUGGCCAGAAGAAGAUGUUUGAAAAGCCAUUGACGAAUGAUUGCCUUACUCAAAGGCCCUAUAUUGAUGGUAUCCAUCUGGCCCAGGGUAUUGACUUAUUGAGAGGAGAGUGGAUCGAAAAAGAGAAAACUGUUGUCAUAACAAUAAAGGCUUGGGAUGAGAAAGAUCAUCGAGUUGAGCCCGUUGUGAAGCAGUUAAGUCGCGGCCGAUGGGCGAUCUAUGUCGAUGGCCAACUUCAGAGGUCUCAGGAAGUGGCCGACGGAGGAAAGAUAUCAAAGCCAAUUAACGCUGGAGGUAAGGAUGAAGUUGAUAUGGUAGUCCUCAAGGUGCAGAAGUUCGAAUUAGCUAUGUCAACAUGA